AUGAUUUACAUAGAAUUUUUCUGUCUAUGUCUUCCCGUGUAUUCCUAUCUAUCUAUUUAUCUAUCUAUCUAUCUAUCUAUCUAUCUAUCUAUCUAUCUAUCUAUCUAUCUAUCCACAUCUUUUUCUCUCUCCCUUUAUCUGUCUGUUCCUAUCUCUGGUUGUUUUAUUACUUUCAUUCUUUCAUACUCAAUGUCUUUAUUUCUUUCUUUCUGGCUUGAACCUUUUCUUUUCUAUUUUUUCUUUUUUUUAUGUGUUCUUUGUUAUUUUUCAUCUUUAUCAUUUUCUUCUUCUUACUUUCCUAUUCUUUUUUUUAUGGCUUUUUUUGUCUUUCUUUUGGUCUCUCUUUGUUACAAUUUCUUUGUUCACUUUUUUCUUUCACUCAUUCUUUCUUUACUUUUUCAAGCACAUUUAUUUUUCUGUAUUUUGUGCAUCUUUCUUUCUUUUGUGAAAGUUUUUCUUCGUCUCAACAUUGAUGUAUCUCUCAUCUUAUUUCUUUCUUUCUGCCUUCAUUCUGACUUUCCCUUCUUCUUUUUACAUCUUUCUUUUUUUUUUUUAUCUGUCAUUUAUGGAGAGCAACUCACAUUUUCAACCCUACACCUCUUCCUCCUUCUCGGUAUUUCUUUUUCCCUCUUUUUUUCUCUUAUUCCUUCCCUGGCCCUCUCAUCUUUACUUCAUUCCAUCUCUAUUGUAUCUAUCACUCUAUCUGUCCAUAUCAAUUUAUCUAUCUCAUUCUCUUCCUAUUUACCUAUCUGUUGCACUCUGUCCAUAUCAAUUUAUCUAUCUCAUUCUCUUCCUAUUUAUCUAUCUGUCACACUCUGUCCAUAUCUAUUUAUCUAUCUCAUUCUCUUCCUAUUUACCUAUCUGUUGCACUCUGUCCAUAUCAAUUUAUCUAUCUCAUUCUCUUCCUAUUUAUCUAUCUGUCACACUCUGUCCAUAUCUAUUUAUCUAUCUCAUUCUCUUCCUAUUUACCUAUCUGUUGCACUCUGUCCAUAUCAAUUUAUCUAUCUCAUUCUCUUCCUAUUUAUCUAUCUGUUACACUCUGUCCAUAUCUAUUUAUCUAUCUCAUUCUCUUCCUAUUUACUCAUCUGUUAUUUAUCAAUUUAUCUAUCUCAUUCUCUUCCUAUUUAUCUAUCUGUCACACUCUGUCCAUAUCAAUUUAUCUAUCUCAUUCUCUUCCUAUUUAUCUAUCUGUUACACUCUGUCCAUAUCUAUUUAUCUAUCUCAUUCUCUUCCUAUUUACCUAUCUGUUGCACUCUGUCCAUAUCAAUUUAUCUAUCUCAUUCUCUUCCUAUUUAUCUAUCUGUUACACUCUGUCCUAUUCUCUCUUCCUAUAUCUAUUUAUCUAUCUCAUUCUCUUCCUAUUUAUCUAUCUGUUGCACUCUGUCCUGUCCAUCUCAUCUAUUUACCUAUCUGUUUACUCUGUCCAUAUCAAUUUAUCUAUCUCUUCCUAUUUAUCUAUCUGUUACACUCUGUCCAUAUCAAUUUAUCUAUCUCAUUCUCUUCCUAUUUAUCUAUCUGUCGCACUCUGUCCAUAUCAAUUUAUCUAUCUCAUUCUCUUCCUAUUUACCUAUCUGUUACACACUCUGUCCAUAUAAUUUAUCUAUCUCAUUCUCUUCCUAUUUAUCUAUCUGUUACACUCUGUCCAUAUCUAUUUUUAUCUCAUUCUCUUCCUAUUUACCUAUCUGUUCUUCAUAUCUAUUUAUUUCAUUCUCUUCCUAUUUAUCUAUCUGUUACACUCUGUCCAUAUCUAUUUAUCUAUCCAUUAUCUCUUCCUAUUUAUCUAUCUGUUGCACUCUGUCCAUAAUUUAUUUAUCUAUCUCAUUCUCUUCCUAUUUAUCCUAUCUGUCCAUAUCUAUUUAUCUAUCUCAUUCUCUUCCUAUUUAUCUAUCUGUUAUCUGUCCAUAUCUAUUUAUCUAUCUCAUUCUCUUCCUAUUUUUAUCUUCUGUCCAUAUCUAUCCAUCUCAUUCUCUUCCUAUUUAUCUAUCUGUUACUCUGUCCAUAUCAAUUUAUCUAUCUCAUUCUCUUCUCAUUCUGUCCUUCAAUUUAUCUAUCUCAUUUCUCUUCCUAUUUAUCUAUCUGUCGGACUCUGUCCAUAUCUAUUUAUCUAUCUCAUUCUCUUCCUAUUUACCUAUCUGUUGCACUCUGUCCAUAUCAAUUUAUCUAUCUCAUUCUCUUCCUAUUUAUCUAUCUGUUACACUCUGUCCAUAUCAAUUUAUCUAUCUCAUUCUCUUCCUAUUUAUCUAUCUCUGUCCAUAUCUAUUUAUCUAUCUCAUUCUCUUCCUAUUUAUCUGUCACACUCUGUCCAUAUCAAUUUAUCUAUCUCAUUCUCUUCCUAUUUAUCUAUCUGUUGCACUCUGUCCAUAUCUAUUUAUCUAUCUCAUUCUCUUCCUAUUUAUCUAUCUGUUGCACUCUGUCCAUAUCAAUUUAUCUAUCUCAUUCUCUUCCUAUUUAUCUAUCUGUUGCACUCUGUCCAUAUCUAUUUAUCUAUCUCAUUCUUUUCCUAUUUAUCUAUCUGUUGCACUCUGUCCAUAUCAAUUUAUCUAUCUCAUUCUCUUCCUAUUUAUCUAUCUGUCACACUCUGUCCAUAUCAAUUUAUCUAUCUCAUUCUCUUCCUAUUUAUAUCUGUCCAUAUCAAUUUAUCUAUCUCAUUCUCUUCCUAUUUAUCUAUCUGUUGCACUCUGUCCAUAUCUAUUUAUCUAUCUCAUUCUUUUCCUAUUUAUCUAUCUGUCGCACUCUGUCCAUAUCUAUUUAUCUAUCUCAUUCUCUUCUUAUUUAUCUAUCUGUCGCAGUCUGUCCAUAUCAAUUUAUCUAUCUCAUUCUCUUCCUAUUUACCUAUCUGUUGCACUCUGUCCAUAUCAAUUUAUCUAUCUCAUUCUCUUCCUAUUUAUCUAUCUGUUACACUCUGUCCAUAUCUAUUUAUCUAUCUCAUUCUCUUCCUAUUUAUCUAUCUGUUACACUCUGUCCAUAUCUAUUUAUCUAUCUCAUUCUCUUCCUAUUUACCUAUCUGUUGCACUCUGUCCAUAUCUAUUUAUCUAUCUCAUUCUCUUCCUAUUUAUCUAUCUGUUACCUCUGUUAUCAUUUAUCUAUCUCAUUCUCUCCCUAUUUACCUAUCUGUUGCACUCUGUCCAUAUCUAUUUAUCUAUCUCAUUCUCUUCCUAUUUUAUCUAUCUGUCUAUCUGUCCAUAUCAAUUUAUCUAUCUCAUUCUCUUCCUAUUUAUCUAUCUGUUACACUCUGUCCAUAUCUAUUUAUCUAUCUCAUUCUCUUCCUAUUUACCUAUCUGUUGCACUCUGUCCAUAUCUAUUUAUCUAUCUCAUUCUCUUCCUAUUUAUCUAUCUGUUACACUCUGUCCAUAUCUAUUUAUCUAUCUCAUUCUCUUCCUAUUUAUCCUGUUAUCUGUCCAUAUCUAUUUAUCUAUCUCAUUCUUUUCCUAUUUAUCUAUCUGUCACACUCUGUCCAUAUCUAUUUAUUAUCUCAUUCUCUCAUUCUCUUCUAUUUAUUUACCUAUCUUUCACUCUGUCCAUAUCAAUUUAUCUAUCUCAUUUUCUUCCUAUUUAUCUAUCUGUUACACUCUGUCCAUAUCUAUUUAUCUAUCUCUCAUUCUCUUCCUAUUUAUCUAUCUGUUACCUCUGUGCAUAUCAAUUUAUCUAUUCUCUUCUAUUUUCCUAUUUAUCUAUCUGUCAUUUAUCUAUCUCAUUUCUAUCUAUUUAUCUAUCUAUCUACUCUGUCCAUAUCUAUUUAUCUAUCUCAUUCUCUCCCUAUUUACCUAUCUGUUGCACUCUGUCCAUAUCUAUUUAUCUAUCUCAUUCUCUUCCUAUUUAUCUAUCUGUUACACUCUGUCCAUAUCUAUUUAUCUAUCUCAUUCUCUUCCUAUUUACCUAUAUAUCCUGUUUCUCUGUCCUAUUUAUCUAUCUCAUUCUCUUCCUAUUUAUCUACACUCUGUCCAUAUCUAUUUAUCUAUCAUUCUCUCACCUAUCUAUUUCUCUGUCCAUAUCUAUUUAUCUAUCUCAUUCUCUUCCUAUUUAUCUAUCUGUUACACUCUGUCCAUAUCAAUUUAUCUAUCUCAUUCUCUUCCUAUUUACCUAUCUGUUGCACUCUGUCCAUAUCAAUUUAUCUAUCUCAUUCUCUUCCUAUUUAUCUAUCUGUUGCACUCUGUCCAUAUAAAUUUAUCUAUCUCAUUCUCUUCCUAUUUACCUAUCUGUUGCACUCUGUCCAUAUCUAUUUAUCUAUCUCAUUCUCUUCCUAUUUAUCUAUCUGUUACACUCUGUCCAUAUCAAUUUAUCUAUCUAUUUCUCUUCCUAUUUACCUAUCUGUUCUCUGUCCAUAUCAAUUUAUCUAUCUCAUUCUCUUCCUAUUUACCUAUCUGUCACACUCUGUCCAUAUCUAUUUAUCUAUCUCAUUCUCUUCCUAUUUAUCUAUCUAUUUGCACUCUGUCCAUAUCAAUUUUAUCUUUCAUUCUCUUCUAUUUAUCUAUCUGUUCACUCUGUCCAUAUCUAUUUAUCUAUCUCAUUCUCUUUAUUUCUAUCUGUCCAUAUCAAUUCAUCUAUCGAUCUUUUCCUAUUUAUCUAUCUGUCUGUCCAUAUCAAUUUAUCUAUCUCAUUCUCUUCCUAUUUAUCUAUCUGUUACACUCUGUCCAUAUUAUUUAUCUAUCUCAUUCUCUUCCCUAUUUUCUAUCUGUUACUCUGUCCCUCAUUCUCUUCCUAUUUAUCUAUCUGUUACACUCUGUCUAUUUUAUCUAUCUCAUUCUCUUCCUAUUUAUCUAUUUUCUGUCCAUAUCUAUUUAUCUCAUUCUCUUCCUAUUUAUCUAUCUAUUUUUACACUCUGUCCAUAUCUAUUUAUCUAUCUCAUUCUCUUCUAUUUAUCUAUCUGUUGCACUCUGUCCAUAUCUAUUUAUCUAUCUCAUUCUCUUCCUAUUUACCUAUCUGUUCUGUCCAUAUCAAUUUUUACCUAUCUAUUUGUCUGUCACACUCUGUCCAUAUCUAUUUAUCUAUCUCAUUCUCUUCCUAUUUAUCUAUCUAUCUGUCCAUAUCAAUUUAUCUAUCUCAUUCUCUUCCUAUUUAUCUAUCUGUCCAUAUCAAUUUAUCUAUCUCAUUUUUCUCUUCCUAUUUACCUAUCUUUGCCUCUGUCCAUAUUCAAUUAUCUAUCUCAUUCUCUUCUAUUUUCUAUCUGUUGCCUCAUUUAUCUAUCUCAUUCUCUUCCUAUUUAUCUAUCUUCUGUCCAUAUCAAUUUAUCUAUCUCAUUCUUCCUAUUUACCUAUCUGUUUUCUGUCUGUAUCUAUUUAUCUAUCUCAUUCUCUUCUAUUUAUCUAUCUGUCCACUCUGUCCAUAUCAAUUUCUAUCUCAUUCUCUUCCUAUUUCCUAUCUGUUCUGUCCAUAUCAAUUUAUCUAUCUCAUUCUCUUCCUAUUUAUCUAUCUGUUACACUCUGUCCAUAUCUAUUUAUCUAUCUCAUUCUCUUCCUAUCUGUUGCACUCUGUCCAUAUCUAUUUAUCUAUCUCAUUUUCUCUUCCUAUUUAUCUAUCUGUUGCACUCUGUCCAUAUCUAUUUAUCUAUCUCAUUCUCUUCCUAUUUAUCUAUCUGUUGCACUCUGUCCAUAUCUAUUUUUAUCUCAUUCUCUUCCUAUUUACCUAUCUAUUUUGCACUCUGUCCAUAUCAAUUUAUCUAUCUAUUUCUUCCCUAUUUAUCUAUCUGUUGCACUCUGUCCAUAUCUAUUUAUCUAUCUCAUUCUCUUCCUAUUUAUCUAUCUGUUGCACUCUGUCCAUAUCUAUUUAUCUAUCCAUUCUCUUCUCAUCUGUCUAUCUAUUUAUCUAUCAUUCAUUCUUCUAUCUAUCCAUAUCAAUUUUUAUCUAUCUAUCUUCUCUGUCCUAUUUAUCUAUCUCAUUCUCUUCCUAUCUGUCUCUGUCCAUAUUUAUUUAUCUAUCUCCUAUUUCUCUUCUAUUUAUCUUAUCUAUCUCAUUCUCUUCUAUCUAUCUAUCUAUUUCUCUGUCCAUAUCUAUUUAUCUAUCUCAUUCUCUUCCCUAUUUACCUAUCUGUUCCUCUGUCCAUAUCUAUUUAUCUAUCUCAUUCUCUUCCUAUUUAUCAUCUUUCUCUGUCCAUAUCUAUUUAUCUAUCUCAUUCUCUUCUAUUUAUCUAUCUAUUUCACUCUCCUGAGGCAAAAAGAACUAAUCUCUCUCACAUAUCUAUCUAUCUAUCUAUCUAUCUAUCUAUCUAUCUAUCUAUCUAUCUAUCUAUCUAUAUAUAUAUAUAUAUAA